AUGCGUGUCUUUUCAACGUUGGCCAUUACGGCCAUAAGCCUGUUCGGCGUUUCUAGUGCUCAGAAUACACCUGACUGGCAAUCAACUCCUUUCAACCCCCCUGCUAUCCCACUUGCUACCCUUGGGUGGGCCGGAUACAUUCGAGUUGACGGCAAAGUCUAUACUUUCCUUGGUGCACCCAAUGUUGCUGGUGCGACCCUAGCUACUCAAAAGAAGAUGCAGUUCACUGCUACCAAAUCUACAUUUGUACUCGCCGCUGGGCCAGUUGACCUUACUGUUCAGUUCUUGUCUCCAGUCGAACCUACCGAUUAUCUCCGACAAUCACUCCCGUUCAGUUACAUGACCUUGAGUGCCAAGUCGACCGACGGCGCAUCUCACUCAGUUCAGUAUUAUACGGAUAUUUCAGCAGAAUGGACCUCUGGGGAUAACGGACUACCAGUCAAAUGGUCGACCAGCAAGCUCACCGGCAACGGCAAUCCUAUCAUCCAUCAGGUAUCACUUCAGAACCCCGUCCGUUAUGCGGAAAUCAACGACCAUACCCAGUAUGGAACUGCUUAUUAUGCGACCAAUCAGGUCGGCAACCUCACAUACGCAACUGGAGAGGACCGCACAUUGCGCACGGCCUUUGUUACAAAGGGUGUACUGGACAACUCGCAAGACACGCAGUUCCGCGCUAUCAACGAUCGCUGGCCUGUGUUUGCUUUUGCGCGGGACAUUGGAUCUAUCACCGAUUCUACCAAGAAUCCCGUUGUCUUCGCUGUUGGUCAUGUCCGCGAUCCUUUGGUUCAAUAUAUCAUUGCUGGAAAUCAGCAACAGGAGAGGCACCCAUAUUGGCUUAGCAAGUAUGCGAAUGCCAACGAUGCUCUCUCGGCAUUCCUAUCCGAUAGCGAGUACCAACACUCCCUGACCGCUGCCUCCGCACUUGACACCAAGAUUUUCAACGAUGCAACUCCUAUCCAUGCCGAUUACACUUCUAUUGUCCAGUUGUCUACGCGCCAAGCCUUUGCUGCGGUUGAAAUCACCCUUAGUAAGACGUCCAGUGGAUCUUACAAUACCAGUGAUGUCAAGAUCUUUAUGAAGGAAAUUUCUUCCAACGGAAACAUGAAUACCGUUGAUGUGAUUUUCCCUGCAUGGCCUGCGUACUUGUAUCUUAACCCAGAUUUUGGCCGGCGCCUCCUUGAGCCUCUUUUCCAAUACCAACAAACUGGCCAAUACCCCAACAAGUGGAGCAUCCACGAUCUCGGCGCGCAUUAUCCCAACGCGACUGGACACAACGAUGGUGGUGAUGAACCCAUGCCUGUCGAGGAAUGUCUUAGUCAAAACCUUGUUUACAGAUUAUCGACGGACGAUUUUGCGGGUCACCUCGUUAAUCAAACUAAUCUGGCCAUCAAAGGCAUCAUCGGCAUUCAGGCGAUGGGUGAGAUUGCCAACGUUCUUGGAAAAUCCGACGACGCCAAGAAAUACAAGGACAUUGCCGCAUCCUACGUUCCUCAGUGGCAGAAGUUUGCUCAUUCCAACGAGGGACACUUGACUCUCAACUACGGAAACGCUAGCUCCUGGUUCAAUUUGUUCCCUAAGAGUGUGUAUGAUAUGCAAACCGGUUGGUAUGGUGAAAUGGGUGCUCAAUAUGGAGUUGCCCUCGAUAGCCGUCAUCCGUACACCAAGUCAGAUUGGGAGAUUUACACUGCGGGAACCGUUACUGACAAGGGAACUCGCGACAUGUUCAUCGCCCGCUUGAGGGACUAUCUUGCAAACGGCAAGAAUAAUGCACCGUUCUCCGAUUGGUACGAUGCGAUCUGGGGUACCGUUGUCGGGUUCCGUGCUCGUCCUGUUGCCGGUGGUCACUUUGCAUUACUUGUGCUUCCAAAGUAA